GAACGGAUGGGGAAGAACGAAAGGAAGUCAGUCAGUCAGACAGACAGUCAGGAUGGCAUGGAAGCAACAGCAGCAUCUGGACUGCAGAAAUGGGCCGGGGAUGGCUAAUCCGGCCAGCCCGUCGCCUAUUUUUAAUUGUCUUUUCCCACUUCUUCGGACGGGAAAUGAGCCAACCACUGGCCCUGGUGGAGCUGGCCCCGUCCACGUCAGCCUCGUGCAAUCACUGGCCGCGAGCCCCCAUUAUUCGAGGCACCAAGGUCGAUGGUGCGACAGGGUCAUCCUCCAUCCCAGGAGCUAUUCCCGCAGCUGUUGGUCCCUGGCUCAUCCUUUCAGGGUGUACGCAAGCCAAAAGCGCGGUGGUGCGCCUGAUGGCGGCAGUACGAAUACGGCGACAAACAAGAUCUCCGUGGGGAUUUUGCCCCUGGAACAAAGGUUUAUUGGGAAGCGGGUCGCAAGUUGCACGUCGAUAUGUACGCCAUUCUAUCUUAAGCUUUUCUGCCCAGCAUUGCCAACCAUCCCAAGCAUUCAUGGCAUCUUGUCUGUCACACCAGGCCUGGAUCUUGGCUAAAACCGAUCAGCGGAUCGAUUCGGGGCGCCCCUUGCGGGUGUCAUUCCCAAGGCCCAUGCGACGGACCAAGGACUUUCCGAGGUCACCAUCAGUCUGGGCCAAAGCAAAAUCCGUCUCCCCCGCAAGGGUUAUAAAGUCCUGCUGCUGCCUGCUCGAACUGGAGCAUUGCGUACCAUGGCCCCUGGAGCCGCAGGGUCCACCUGGGAUGUGAUUCUUUGACCAGAACUGUUUGGAGUACUCCGUACACCCUUGUCGGCCUGCUAUAAAAGGAAGGUCUAUGAAAGAAAACCGGCAUAUCAAAUCGAAAGUGG